AUGUCUAUCACCAGCCACAACGCGACCAAUCCCUAUUCGAGCGUCAACGACCUUCUCAGCAAUGUCCGGAACUUCAAGAUCAUCGAGUCAACCCUGAGAGAGGGUGAGCAAUUCGCCAAUUCGUACUUUUCAACCGAGACCAAGAUCAAGAUCGCAAAGAUGCUUGAUGAGUUCGGUGUCGACUAUAUAGAGCUCACGAACCCGGCUGCUAGCCCACAAUCACGGGACGACUGCGCAGCUAUCUGCAAGCUCGGCCUCAAGGCUAAGAUUCUAACACACACAAGAUGUACCAUGGAAGACGCUAAGCUUGCGUGUGAUUGUGGAGUCGACGGUGUUGAUGUCGUUAUUGGAACAAGUCAAUUCCUUCGAGAGCAUUCCCUUGGCGGCAAGAAUAUGACCGCUAUUACCAAGCAGGCCAUUGAGGUCAUUGAGUAUAUUAAGAGCCGAGGAUGCGAAGUCCGCUUCUCAAGUGAAGAUUCUUUUCGAUCUGAUCUAGUCGAUUUGCUCUCAAUCUACCGCGCAGUCAACAACGUCGGUGUCAACAGAGUAGGCGUGGCAGAUACCGUUGGCUGUGCUUCACCAAGACAGGUCUACGACCUUGUCCGAACUCUCCGAGGUUGUGUUUCCACCGAUAUCGAGGUUCACUUUCAUGAUGAUACAGGCUCUGCUGUUGCGAACGCUUUUUCUGCCCUUGAAGCUGGCGCUACACACGUCGACACAUCCGUACUCGGCAUUGGAGAACGAAACGGCAUUACCGCUCUUGGAGCUCUCAUGGCUAGAAUGAUGCCCACAUCCAGAGAGUACAUUCUCUCCAAGUACAAGCUCCACGAACUCAAGAAGAUCGAAGAUUUCGUCGCAGAAUGCGUUGAGAUCAACGUGCCAUUCAACAACCCAAUCACCGGCUUCUGCGCAUUCACCCACAAGGCCGGCAUCCACGCCAAGGCAAUUCUCAACGACCCAUCCACGUAUGAGAUCCUCAAGCCCGAGGAUUUCGGUCUAUCAAGAUACGUGCACUUCACGUCACGACUCACCGGAUGGAACGCCAUCAAGAGUCGUGUUGACCAGCUUGGUCUCAAGAUGACAGACGACCAGGUCAAGGAGUGUACGGCUAAGCUCAAGAGCAUGGCGGAUCUUAAGGUGAUGACUCUUGAUGAGAGCGAUGCUCUGAUCAGAAGCUUUCACUUGGAACUACAAAAUGAAAAUGGAGCAUAG